CACAAUUGUUCGCAUUGAAUUGUUGACCUUGAGUUAAUCACCUAUAAACGUGAAUCUGAGAUAAAACACAAUGGUCGGAAGAUUAGCCGGAAAGAAUGCCAUCGUUACCGGUGCCGCUGGAGGCAUCGGUCUCGAAACCACAAUCCUUAUGCUCCGCGAAGGCGCCUCCGUCCUCAUGACCGAUAUCAGUGAACAGGGUCUUGAGAAGGCCAUUGCGAAAGUGAACCAGGUUGUUCCCGAGCGCGAUGGCAAAGUCGAGUACCGCGUGGUGGACGUGUCCAAGGAAUCCGAAGUUGAGGCCGCUGUGGUACACUUGGAUUCGUGGGGCGGCAUUGACGUGAUGUUCAACAACGCCGGGAUCAUGCACCCCAAGGAUGGUGACUCGGAGGAGACGCCCGAGGCGAUCUGGGACCUGACGAUGAACAUCAAUGUGAAGGGGGUGUGGUAUGGAAGUAAGCAUGCAGUGAAGAGCUUCCGCAAGCACGGUAAGAAGAAGGGCAGUGUGAUUAACACGGCAAGUAUGGUUGCACUUGUGGGAGCUGCUACGCCGCAGUUGGCGUACACGGCGAGCAAGGGUGCAGUGUUGGCAAUGACCAGAGAGCUGGCCAUUGUGCAUGCCCGCGAGGGCUUCCGCUUCAACUCGCUGUGCCCAGCCCCUCUCAAUACACCACUGUUGCAAGAUUGGCUCGGCGAUGAUAAGGAGAAGCGAUUCCGACGGGAGGUUCAUUUCCCCACUGGCCGUUUCGGCGAAGCCAUUGAGCAGGCCCACGCUGUCAUCUUCCUGGCGAGCGACGAGAGUAGUUUCGUGAACGCCGCGGACUUCGUCGUCGAUGGCGGUCUCACGAAGGCUUAUGUCACUCCCGAGGGCUCUGCCACUGAAGCACCAAAGAACUUGGCCCAAUAGACAGAAGCAGAGUUGCGCUGCUACUCGGCGAAAGUUCAUGAAUGAUGAUGUACUGUACAUAUAUAGCCACGUUUAAUCAACCAUUAUGCAAACGAGAUCCAGAUCUGGUGCUGCUGCAUUGCCCGGCAUAUAUUCCAAGGUCCAGCCUCCUCAAGAGGCAUUCGCCACAUAUGUUCUAGUAAUAGAAGGGUUCGCUGCAUGUUGCCGAGACCGAAUGUGUUGACCAUGACGGCCAACCGCUGUCGCAGCUGCUCCUGCUGGUCUACAUCAAACAGACAGGACCCGACC